AUGGUCGUGCUCCAGAGAUACACAAGGACUCGCCAAUCGAAUAUUCCGACCUGGGAGGAAUGGGUAGGACGCGGGAAUCAGCCCCAGCAGUUCUACCCCCAGAAUAUUGAACAGUGGGAGACCCCCCUCGCCAUCGCGAAGGCCACCCGUGAGCUCGACCGGAUAGCCAUGGGACCAUUAUUGGCCCGCAAGUCAACAUAA